GGUAUCAACAAAAACCCGGUCUAGUCGUACGACGAACGUCCAACCGGCUCGUCGGCAUCGCGACUCUCCGCGAGCUCGUGCGAGCGCAAUCGCUUCCCCCCUUCUACCUCCCACCGCGAAGAUAACAGAGAAGACGGAAGAGCAACAGGACGAGAGCCCCAAACAGAUCUGUGCGUGCGAACCCCCAUCGCGAGCUCACCCCGAAAACUACUAAAACAACAAUUUCACCGAUGUAAAGUUUCGUCUUGAUCGAAUAAAAGAAAAUCGAAAAGAAAACCGAUUGAAAAAGUGAUCGGUCAAGGAAUUAGCACUUGCCUCGAAGAAUUCGGUGACAACCAAGCGUUCUUCCACUCUGGUGACCGUGUGAUCAACGAUCGCGAUGAUCGAUGGCCAACAGCUGAAGAAACCGAGGAACGAGUCGUUACACGCAGAUUCGAGCAAGGAAAGAGUUGACUGUCUGAUGGAUCGUGUUUGGAGAGACGUGACCGGGGAAAUCGUCGGGGAAACGAUAUAAAGAACGACCCGUUCGCGUCCAAGUCUUCUUCUUUUUUUUCGUCCGAAGAGCUCCUGUCAAUCACGAGAGGCGAGGGUGAGAGUAAACAAAGUCGACUUCGGGAGAAGGCUCGGCCUGAUCGAGAGGCUCGAUCCAGAAUAUGAUGAAAUUCUCGUUUUCAUCGGAAGCGUAGCUCGAAUAUCGACAGAAGCCGGCGGGGACACGCGGAUUUCGGAGACAGGCACUCGCGAGUGCGACGAGCAGAGGCGCACUUGUUUUGUUUUCCUUCGGGGAAGUGCGAACCAUUUCGGAGUGAUAGUUUCGAAGUUGAUAGUGACACGAGGCGAAAUUGGACUUGUCAAAAAAAAGUGUGAAUGACAUCGAGUUCAUAAUACGAGAAUGGAGGUACUUGUAUAAUGCACUCUUGAAAGAUAUUGGACAGUAUCAAAAAACAAGUCCAAAUGUUACACAGCAAUAUGUGAACAAGGUGAUGCCUGUGUUUGCUACAUGUUGGACAAUUUAGACUAAUCGAAACAAGUGUGCAUAUUACCAAGUGCAUAAUUGAGUAAAUCUAUCAGUAUCUUGCAUAAUGCACAAAGAUUGUACGAAACCAAAGAAAAAAUCCAAUCUAAACCAAUCUAACUAGUCUAAACUAAAUAUAAACUAAUAAUAUAAAAAUUAUAGUGUCAGUUCCCUGACGAUGCACUCCCGAAAGACUGGGCCAUCGAAGAGAUCCGAAAUGUUACGAAGUGAUGUGUGAACGGCUCUGUGUUUAUCGGAAGUUGAGGAAGUCAGCGAGGGAUCGAGGAUCGAUCGCGGAGCCGAGCAUCCUCGUUCUUCCUGCGCUUCAACGAGAGCAUCGCGUGUCACGGCUCGAACAGGCAUCCCCGAUGCAUUAUCGUUGGACGUGGGGGGAGGAAUCUGACGCAACGUGGAAAUAUUUGCCUGAAUUAAGUGGCGGCCGUGAGACCCUCUAAUGCCUCGCGACGAUUUGAAGCAGCUCUCGAUGAAGACGCGUUCCGAAUCGGCUAUAAAUCGUUCCAGCGACGUACACCCGAUAACAGACCAGCCGCAAAUUCACCAGGAAUAUUGAUAGAUUCGUCGAGACUCCACGAAAGGCCGGCCGCCUCGACGAAAGCGAAGAGAAUCGCGGUUUCGUCGUCGAUGGCGACGUAUCGUCGAUAUCCCGGCAUCAAGUCGACAUUUUUCUGCUAAAUUAUUGUUUGGGACAUUUUGUUGGAGCGGGACAACCGUUUCGCGCACGAUAUUCAUGGAAAUUGACCGCGGCUGGCAUUACCAUGUAGAACGACGCGCGGUUAUGUAAAUUCGCUCGUAUCGACGAGCUCCGAGGAACGUUCCGCGCGAUUGGCCCUUAUCAUGGGGCAGAAACGAGGAGGCACGAUCGAUUAGAUGCGGGAUCGUCGCAGCCGAAGGGAUUCAACGUGGGACCCGCGACGAAAAUGCCAAUCGACCGUGACGAAUCGACGGCCAGCAAAGGCAGCAUCGGGUAAGCGGUAACAAUGAACGGCUGAGGCGUACCGCAGGUCGCGGAAUCGAGAGAAGAUUCCCAUGCACGGCCUGAACCUCCCUGGAAUCCCGUGGUCGAGAGGAGAGAAGGAGCAUGACGUAGCCGUCGUCGAGGGGGGCGCUUCGGAUGCUCCGGACUGCCGACUAGGGUCGUAUGGAGGGGAAGGACGUAAUCACCACGGAAGGCACCCUGCUUCUAAACCUGACGACUAUCGCCACACGAGGCACAGACGACUUCUUCCGAGGAUUUCCUGGCAAAAACUCCCCCUACACGGUCACGCAGGCAAUACUCAUCGCCCUGGUGCUUGGUAGCAUAAUCGUCGGGACCGUGAUCGGGAACAUUCUGGUCUGCGUCGCCGUGUUCCUCGUUAGGAAGCUGCGAAGACCCUGCAACUAUCUGCUGGUGAGCCUGGCAGUUAGCGAUCUCUGCGUUGCGCUUCUGGUAAUGCCGAUGGCGUUGCUGUACGAGAUUUCCGGUAAUUGGUCCUUCGGCGCGUUUAUGUGCGACGUUUGGGUUAGCUUCGACGUGCUCAGCUGCACGGCAAGCAUCCUCAACCUCUGCAUGAUCUCCGUCGAUCGAUACCGUGCCAUAACCGAGCCACUAAAAUACGGGGUGAAGAGGACGCCGCGACGGAUGAUCAUCUACGUCAGCCUGGUCUGGUUAGCAGCUGGCUGCAUUAGCCUACCGCCGUUGCUGAUAAUGGGGAACGAGCACACCUACUCCGAGACUGGGCCGUCGCACUGCGUCGUCUGCCAAAAUUUCUUCUAUCAGAUUUACGCCACCGUGGGCAGCUUCUACUUUCCCCUCGUCGUCAUGAUCCAGGUAUACUACAGGAUAUUCUGCGCUGCCCGCAAGAUAGUCCUGGAGGAGAGGAGAGCCCAGAGCCAUUUAGAGGCUCAUUGCUACCUCGACAUAGAACCAACGGUACAGCACCUUCAGCCGGUCGUUGUAAACCGUCAAUUAAGCACCGACAUACAAGCCGUGCAGGGAAGUCCGCCUGUGAAGCAACACAGAAGUUCCAGCGCCUCGACGACGAUACGAUCGAAUCUUCGUGGCGAUACGCAGGAAAAUAUGAAAGCGUGCAGCGGGAACGCGGUGCGCUGCUUCGCUGGUGGUCCGCGGAAGAGCAACGAGUCCCAGUGUCCGAUGCUGCAGAAGCUCGAGAGGCCUAUUCUCUCGUCGUCCACGACGACCACGCCGCCAACAAAAUCGACGAUCGUGAGGAACCACCUGAGCAGUACCUGCAGCGUGACGAACUCGCCCCACCAGAAGAAGCUGAGGUUCCACCUGGCCAAGGAGAGAAAGGCCAGCACCACACUCGGCAUCAUAAUGAGCGCCUUCACCAUCUGUUGGCUGCCCUUCUUCGUCCUAGCCCUGGUCAGGCCGUUCCUCAGGGACCCUAACGCGAUCCCAGCGUUCCUCUCGAGCUUGUUCCUCUGGCUAGGUUACUGCAACAGCCUCCUAAACCCCAUUAUCUACGCAACGCUGAACAGGGACUUCAGGAAACCGUUCCGGGAGAUCCUUUACUUCCGAUGCAGCAAUCUGAACCACAUGAUGAGGGAGGAGUUCUACCAGAGCCAGUACGGCGAUCCCAUCAACAAUUACGAGAUCAAGGCAGGCGAGAUGGACGGCGCCGAGUGCCUCGACAAUCAGGGCGUCGAGUCGAUCGACGUCGCCGCCAACGCCCCCAACGAGAGCUUCCUAUGAUCCGGAAGAGACUUGUCCUUCGUUCGUCGGAACUAGCGACCGCUACGAGACCACCUGGCCUCUCGGACGAACUCUGAUCGAUCGCGACACGCGCGCCCGUCGUCGUCGAAAGACGUCCCGUCAGGGUAACCCCCCAUCGAUCGUUCGACAAGUACCAAAUCGAUUUCCCGAAUCUAAUCGAGGGAUGCUCCUACCUUGAAUCUACUUCGCGAAACCGUGGCGAGGGGAGCAGCCCGAAAUACUCAGCGUCGACUGUGACGAGUUCGUCGAGAACCCGACGUUCCUAUGCUUCCUGCGAAUCGAAACGAGGCGAGGAAUGGCCCGCUUAUCACGGACGAUCUGUAAGCCUGACGAAUCGCUCAUCGAGCAAUUUCUCAGCCGCGGUGACGUCUGAGAUCCACGACCGGUCAACGUGUCCAGCCCUCGACGAGAUCUUUUCUUGCACACCCUCGUGACGAACGGAGAAACGAGUCUUGGUGAUAUCUAGGCGGGAUCCUGUCAUCGCCAAAGGA